AAAACUUCUAUAUUACCAAGGGACCUACGACAUCAGCCGAGAAAUACCCUGCAAGUACAAAAUCCGUGAGCCAGCCCCGUCCGUGCAGAGGGGAGACGCUCGCGUUCCGCCUGCUUUCUGCCGUUACCGAGAGCGCGCGAGGGGGGACUUUUCCAUUUCUUUGGCUUUUUGAGGAUUUAAACGCAUUUUUAUUAUUAUAAUUAUUAUUCGACCGGAGCCAGAAAGCGGAGGGAAAAAACACGGGUUACUUUGGAUAAAAGCACAAUGUCAGCGACCUUCCCCGGACUUGUCCACGACGCAGAGGUAACGCAAAUUUAUUUUCUUAACAUCCUACAAUUCAUUGAAUUAUAGCCGGAGCGUAGAGGAAGAAAUUAUGCUGGGUUUACGCAGAGUUUCAGAGGCACUUGGAGGCAGCAUUUGCUCUCAAUGCAGCUCCAGCUGGGGUAUCUUUAAGCUUUCAGGUGGAUAAAAAAUGAAAUGUAUGAUGGAGAUAAGAAGCGUGCAUGUUAGUGCAGCUGCCGGUGGAAACGGGGCUUUUUAUGAGUGUGAGGAAGCAAAUGAGGCUCGUGUGUGAGCCGGUAACAGUGUGAUUAGAACAUUUCAGGGCGGAACACUCCGCUGUGUCUCACUCUGCUUACCUCCCAUCCACAAUGAGAGCGAGAGCUGGGACAGUAAAUUCGCCAGCAGCUCGGUAAUAAUAAUAAUAUAUAACAGCACGCCUUUUAAACCGCUGCGAGCAGAGUGACAGGCACGCCAAAGGGAGGGAAAAAAUACCGAUGGCUCCUGUUGCCGUGCGCUCGUUCCCCUCCCGGGCGUGUGGAAGUGACAUCUCCUUCAGGUGGUUUAAAGUAGGAAGAAAAAAAACGCUUUGAGUGUGUGAGAUGUGUUUUUGGAGUGUGUUUGGGAGGUAGAGAGAGAGGAGACUCCGGCUGAUGCUAAAUGACACGGCUCAUAUAUUUCCCCGUCUCUUUAUUACCUUGUAGAUACGUCACGACGGAUCAAACAGCUACCGGCUCAUGCAGCUCGGUUGCCUGGAGUCCGUGGCCAACUCCUCGGUCGCCUACUCCUCCUCUUCCCCGCUCACCUACCCGGCACCAGCGGGGACAGAGUUCGCCUCGCCCUAUUUCUCCGCCAACCACCAGUACACGCCCCUCCACCACCAGUCCUUCCACUACGAGUUCCAGCACUCCCACCCGGCCGUGGCCCCGGAGGCCUACGGGCUAAACUCGCUGCACUCGGGCCAGUACUACCAACAGAUCCACCACGGGGAGCCCGCCGACUUCAUCAACCUGCACAACGCGCGCUCGGCCCUCAAGUCCUCGUGCCUGGACGAGCAGCAGCGGCGCGAGCUCGGCUGCCUCGACGCUUACCGGCGCCAUGACCUGUCUCUGAUGACGUCACACGGCUCCCAGGCCUACGGCGUCGGUAUGCACCACCCGGACCAGAGGCUGCUACCCGGAGCCGGCCUGGGUCUCCCUCCGCCGGCGUCAGACGACCUGCAGGUACCGGAGGCCGCCAUUGCUCUCUCUCUCUCUCUCUUUUUCUCUCCACACUGUCCCCUCAGGUGUAACACCUUAAUGUGCCCCCCUUUUUGCUUUUACUUCUGGGCUUCAUAUCUAGUUCACUAACACAGCUCAAACAGAACCACCAUAGCUGCCACUUCAGGCCCAGUUUCCCUGCCCCACUGGCCUACUAUUGACCCCCCUCCCUCCCCUUCUCCGCCUCUAUUGUACCAGCACACAGCAAUUCCAGAAAUAUUGAACAGAAAGACAGCGCCAGAUGUCUGUCUGUCUCCCUGUCUGCUUCAACUGUCUGCUGUAUUUGGCAUUGACAAAGCUGUCUUAUACCCUCUGAAGCCCCUGACUCGGCCUUGUAGGGGAGAAAUAAUAUUAUUGGAUUUCAUCUUGAGAUAAUUUUCAAGCCAAACCAAACGUGACUGUACAGCAGGCUAAGUAAAUGUCAAGUCCACACGGCGCCGAGUCUCUGAAAGGCAGGCCUGUUUCUAAAGGUUAAUUGACUGGCAGUCUAUACAAUCCUAUUGUGAAAUCCGCCCUUUAUUUUCCCACAAACACACGUGACCCAGAUUUUACAUAAUUCUUUUCUAUGUAAAGAAAUGGUCGAGAUGAAAACGUAUUCGCACGGUUUCUUGUGUGUGUUUAAAUGUGUGUGUGUGUCCGGCUGUCUGUUGAAGCAAAGAAAAGCCGCUGGUUGCUCUAUUCUCCGGUAAAGGGCGGAUUAACGGAUCGGGGUUCAGGGCACAAUGAGCAGCUCGAGCGCCAUAAAGCACCGUAGUUUAUCCAAUUACCGACUUAACGUCAAUCAACUUUGUUACUUAUGCAGCGACAUCUGAGCUGGUUAAAACGCGGCUCUUGUUAAACACAAUUUAAGAAGGCGACACAUUAUUUCAGUCACGUUCACUAUUUGCAAACACAGCUCAAGUUUAACAACAAGGAAGACGAUAGAAUACUCUUCAAGUCCUAUAUUAUUGUUCACACUUUUCAUAGUGAUAAGGUUGUAUUUAUAAAUGUAAAUAAACUCUUUAUUACGGUAAAUAUUAUAAUGAAAUUCGUGUCAGUACCAUAAUAGUUGGAUCUUAUUUUUACUCGUUUAUUUAUAAGUGCCAUAAAGGGUGUGGCAGUGUAGCGUACAUAUAAAUAUAGAAAUACAUAGAGGUAUGUUUAGUUUUGUCGUAAUAAUCGUUACAUGCACGUUUUUUAAAAAUCGUUUUUUUUUUCAAUAAUUCCUUUAUCGCAAACUCUGAAGUCUGUUUUUAACGCUACCUGCAGAAUAGCCUUUCAAAUGAUGUCAAAAUUAUUCGACAUAAAAAAAUGUAUAUAAGAGCUAUUUUCACAUUCUUGUGAUUUAAAAGUUGAAGUUGGCACUGUUGCUUAUUUGUGAUAUUUUUAAGCUAUAAACUCACAGCUAAGCAGUGCUGUAAGCUAGCUAAUGCUAUAUAUUUCCAAAGCUGCAGGCACAUAAAAGAGCACAGGUCCGACCCUUUAUUGAGCAAAAGAAAGAAACGGCUCGUGAACCUGAGCUCGCGCGAGGAGGAUGUAAGAACGGAACAGAUGCGCCUAUGGUCUCGUGCAGCCCAGCGCAUCUUUGAGCGCGUUAAAGAGAUUUUCAUGGCGAACAAAAGCAGCUGCCACACCUUUCUCCCUCGCUAAGCUAAUUCAUGCAAGACCUCUGCGUUUUGUAUAUUGAUUUUAUAAUCACUUUAGCUUCGGAGCAGGAGAAAAGAAACAGAGCAGGAGCUGGUUAAGAAAGAGCUACAACAAGCUCCUUUUUCAGGUUUAUUUUAAUCAGGGGGAGCUUCUGCGUGGGCCAGGCCUCGAGGCUCGCACCAGGGAUUAAGUGUUUUCUGAAUAAAAAAGCGCAUGUUCUCCUUUCUUGAUGACAUUGUUGAUAGCAUAGUCUGAUGUGGACCAAAAUGGCGACGGUAACUGGUUUCCAUACAUCCAGGCUUGUGCAUGUAUGCUACAGGCUGCUUCUUGUUGUGCGUACGCGCUGCAGAUUGAUCCCCAACAGGUUGGUGGCUGCAACAAACUCUGGACAAUCCUGCUCAUUUCUAAGUCUGGAUGAGUACUGCUGUCCUCGCUCAUAGCCUGGAGCCUUUCAAAUUAGGCUCGUUUCUGGGUGAUCCGUGAGCUGCAUCCUUUAUUUCUCCCUGCCCUCAAUUUUCCUCAAAGCUGCUAAGUGACGCACACUUUCUAACAAAAAGCCUCCACCGCUGGUCAGAUUGUUCAAACAGGGUGAAACAUGGCAAUUUAAUAUAAGCUAUUAGGUGGUAGCUCGACUUUUUUUUUUUUUUAAAGCUGACAGUGCUGCAGAUAAAUCUGAAGGACCUUGGGCUUGGGGUUCCCAACCUGUGGGGCGACACCCGUUAAUGGUCACGAGAUACAUUAGAGGGGUCAUAUGUUGAUUUUUUUUUUUUUUUUUUUUUUUUUCGUAAGAUAUGGACAUGUUUUAAAAAGUUUUUUUUUUUUUUUUAAUGCAUUUGUAAUACAGACUUGCAUUGCAUAUGAGUUUUAAAAUAUUGUUCACAUUGGAUAUCUGCAGAGGAUUCAUUUGGCCACAUGUGACUAAAUUUAACAAAUAGAUGUAGUUGUGUGAUUAUGGCACAAACUGUCCAUUAGAAAGAAACGCUCAAACUCAUUUUUAUUUAUUUUUUCUUCUUUCUUUGAGGCUGUUUAAUUUUAUCCAAGCUAAACAAUCCAAUACAUGCAAAUUAUUAUGACUAAAAGUUAUGCAAAAAACAAAAAACAAAAAAACAACUGUGGAUUUUGCUGCAUUGCAAGCCAGUUUGUCAGGAAUCACUGAUCUAGAUGAGAAAUUACUACAAUUUAAUUUUUCUGACAUUGUAUAAUGUUCUAGUGUUUAGAAACUGUCUGAAAUAUUACAUUUAUGUUUUAUUCCAUUUAUUAUAAUCAAACACAUUGAGUGGGACUAAUAAUUCAGACCUGGAUACAGCUAGAAGCUUUAAAACGAGGCAAAUGUGAUGCACGUCGUUCAAGACUACAAAAUUAAAGCAAAAAUUAGUCGAUUAGAGAGAAAAACUCCAAUGUCAUUUUUAAGCUUUUUUCUUGUUUGACAGCAGUAGUUUACAAGGUAGUUGUCUAUUCUCUGCAAUCCGCAAUCCUAUAUUUGUUUAGGCUAUUGUUAAAACCAUAUAGAUCUCAAACAUACUAAAUGUCUUAAAUGUGAUAAAUAAACCAGUCCAAAAGGGCAUUUAAUUUACACUCAUGAUCACAAAAUUCUGCAUUAAAGUCAAACCAUGAGAAACCACUUUGAAAUGUUACCCCUCACAAAUGGGUCCAAAUUAGGUGCUGCUGUGGUUAUUAUGUAAAUAAAUAAAUAAAUAAAUAACCCCAAAACUAAUAUUGAUAUUGCUUUUUGUCACAGUCCUAUGUGCAUAAUUGUAUUUCGAAGAUUCACGUUUCAGUAAAGUGCUUUCUUUGUGGUGAGUCAAUGUAGGGUAAAAUUUUGACUGGAUGUCCCUGAAAACAUCCCAACUUUCCGGGAAAAUUCCAGGUGUUUCCGGCUCCUGGCAGCUGAGUAAAGCGGGGCUCCAGUGGAGUAAAAAUGUGGGUGAAGUGGUUUCACCUCCCUGCCUGCUCUAAUGAUGCUCUGUCUCCGCAGGGCUCUGUGGAAGCGCAGUGUGGGCUCGUGCUGAACGGCCAAGGGGGCGUCAUCCGGAGAGGUAAGGGCCCCUGUUUACUCUGGAGUCUGUUCUGCAUGUUGUAGCCUAGCUUACCGGAGGGCCGUGAAAGCUCUCACGGCUCGACACGACACGACAAGACAGCGAGCAGACAGACAAACAGGCGGAACACUCCCCUCCCUUGUCUGCUGUCAACGGCCCCAUUUUCGCGCCUGUUUAAACGCUAACAGUGUACAGGCGCUUCCUGUUCACUGUCACUCAACACCUACGUCUUUUUUUUACCAGUCACAAAAACAUGACGGUUUCCCCCCAUAAAAUUAAAACGUCAAAGCCAUGAAUUAAUACGGCACUGAUUCAAUAUGGGGCUUUUAAGCUUUGUGUGUGUCAAACCUGUAUGCUGCAGUUUGACGGCUUGCUUUUGUUUACUUUUUUUUUGAUGUAAAACUUUUUUUUUCAGGUUCAUGAAUUCAUCAUAACUCAUGUAAUGGGCAUGAACACGGUUACUAUAACAAAGAAUAGUCAAAAUAUUUAAGCUUCUGUGUAAACAUACACAAUUUUACAAUGUUGAUGUUGGUGGAUUAUAAUCUACAACCUAAAGAGCGCAUGAAUUUAUUUUAUAGAUUCAUUUAUAAUCUGUAUUUAAAAUGAUCUUACUCACAAUAGUUUCAUUAUCAAGCUAACUAAACACACUUUUAUAUGGGCUGCUGAAAUGGUUUGAAACUGAAAGGGCAAUCAAGGAUAACCUAUAUCUUUUAUGUAGCUGCUUUAAUAAUUCACUGCAGUUUGAUUGCUUCCGGGCACAUUCUAUAUUUUUAUUUAUGAUUUCUUUAUUUAUUUGUGGGCGGCGAUGGGAUCCAAAUCACAUGAGUAAUUGUGGUUUUUGCGGUGCAGUUAAUGUUGUAAAUACCCGCGUUUUUAAUCCGAGUCGGUAGGUUUAAUUCGGACUAUAAAGGCUGGGUCAUGAAGGCGUCGAAUAUCUGGCAGGACAAUUUCCUCAUGACUUUGGGUUUGAACACAGUUUGGACCGGAUUCGGUGCAUCACACUCUACACUCUUGCCUUUUUUUUUCUCCAGUCGGGACUAUGUGUAGUUUUCCUCACAGAGAGGAAGGCUGUGUCUCGGGUUUAAUUUUUCAUCAGCUCAGCCUAGGUGUUGGGGCUUUUCUCUCGGAUUGACGCGGGAAUCCCUCCGCUAUCACUUUCGGUUAAUGGUGCGCCGUAUUUGGCCCUGAGCUCAGCCGCUGCAACCAUCACAACCAAUAAUCUUUGCUUUACCUCCCGCUCCCGUAUCGAUAGCUUCUCUCGCCUCGGGCGGACGCUUUGAUAUGCUAAUGCCGAGCGGGGCCCCGGAUUCAGCCGAGAUCAUAUUAAUGUUGUUCUUUCUGACUGCGGCUUUGGCGGCAUGAAUAUUCACAUAACCUUUUUCAAAAGAAAAUCACUCAAGAAACGCGGAUCCUACUUAGGAGGAGUCGUCUGUGUUUUUAAUCACCCUGCUAUCCCUUUUCCAGUUCAGCUCCAACACAGCAGCAGCCUCACAGAUCAAGAUGAUCUGUCAGGCGCGCCCCCGCCACUACAGCACGUGCACGCCUCCUCUCUUUUCUGUCAAGACAUUGGCGGUCUUUUUUAGGAGCUAUAAACAUUGUUGUUAAAAUAUGAGGAGAAUGACAUUUGGCCCGUGUCUCUUUUUCUUUAAUUUUCGUGGCAAACUCGUAAAAGGCGCUUGAUUCCGCGUGUGAUCCCGCCCGCCGCUCGCGCCGCAGCCCCAGGCUACUCUCCGUUGCUUAAAUACCGUUAUCGCCUCUGGGCCCGCGCGCUCCACUGACUGCACUACCGGCAAUAGCUCUUUUCGAUUGCCCUUGGCAACAUAAAAUACAAACUACUUUGAAUCAAAACAUUUUUAGGGGAAUUAAUAUGAUGUGAACCCGCGGCUUUCAGAGACGCGCGCCCCUGUCAGAGCGCGUGAGGCUGACAGACAGGUCUGCCCGGUUUGUGUCACAGAGAGAGACACAGACGAGCCGGACUUCACACGCGCACACGCACACACACGUAGACACACACACACACACACACACACACACACACACACACACACACACACACACACACACACACACACACACACACGCUGAGGAGUCCUUGCUUAACCAAUAGUAUCAAUCGAUCCCCGAGCGUCUACUUUUGACUGCCAGGGUGAAACACAAGUCCCACCCAGCCUUGUAUGAAAGCGCUGCCCGCCGGACUACAACAGGCUUUUGUUGCCACACCAUUAUGAUGUCACACUUGUGCUGUGGGCACGAGGCGCUGUCCAGGUGCUGAAAUGAAAGGUAGGAGCCUCUGUCCAUGGUGCUGAACCCGGCUGACAUGUUCUUGAUGCUACAGGUCUAACAGGCUUCCUGCGGCCAGAAACACGACACCAGCCCCUCUCUGCUGAUUGUGAAUAAUAGAUUUUUAGAGCUAAAAUGUAGGUCACAGUUUUAAAGCCUUGCUGGUGGCCAAAUCGUCCAAACUGCCCCGAAAAGAUUAGCCACUCUUUGCCUGCAGCGUUGUUCUUCCUCGGCCUAAAUGGCGUCCUCUUCUUCAUUCCAUCAAACCCAGCACGGCCCAAUAACAAAGCGACACGCCCUGCUGUUAGAUUUGAUAAUGAGGCAGAUGAAUAAUAGAAUAUAGCCUACAGUACAUCAGACAGAAACCUUGCGUUUCAGCUGCUUGGGACGUUAGUUCAAGUGAAAGUUUAAUAAUAAUAGGCCCACUCAGAGCAGUGGAUUUAUUCCAGGAGGACUCAACAACACUGAUUCAGAUGCAAUUAAUAAUGUGAAAGAGCCUUCACUAUCACAACAGCAAUCAUUUAUUCACACACACACACACACACACACACACACACACACACACACACACACACACACACACACACACACACACACACACACACACAGGAGUCUGUAAUGAAAUCAGCUUGGUGGAUGGUGGAAGGUGAUUAAAAGGAAGGUUUUGUUUUCCCCUCCUGGGGUUAAAGCUGACUUUUCCUACGGACAGACAAAUAUUGAGCUGAAACAGACAUCAAAUUAUAUGUACAUAGUAGAAUAGAAAAAUGAAUCUAAUAUUUAGCUUUAAGGAUGAAGUGCUGGAACACAUUGUUAUUGUGAGCACUGAUUGACGAUACUUGAGCUCAUGGACAUGGUUUUAUUUCACUAUUACUGGCUUUUCUGCUCAUUUCUGUGGCUUUGAUUAAAAUUGUAUUCAAGCAUAAACUCUAUAUAAUAUUUACCACUGUGCUGUGCAGGAAGUAAGUGAUAAUACAGGCUGUGCAACACUUAGCUCUCGUGCAGAAAAGAGAAAGAAGCACCGCCAAUGAUUUUACAUUUAUGUGUGGAUGAACUCUCAAGAAAACCCGUAUUGAAAAUUAUCUCACUUGUUACUAUUAAUGCACUUCUCAAAAACACAGAAUCAUUAAAUAAAUCUGUUAUAAAAUAGCUGGUGGUGUAAGAAAUGUGAAAAAAUGGUUGCUUUUGAGGUUUAAACGCAUGCAGAAAAGUUUGAGUUGCACACGUUGUAACUUCUUUGUUGCUUUACUCUCAGAUACUCAGUUUAAAAUUUUGCAUCAUCCUCUGUGAUUCUUGAAAAUAAAUUAGUAAGAAACAAAGGUGCAAAAUUAUGCCAAUAUCUGCACCCUGGGUGAGAUGUGUUUGUUUUUCUGUUACAACCAUAUUUAUCUCAGUUUUUUAAAUGAUCCUAUACUGACACUGCAGCAGAGAAUACAAAAGCACCAUUUUUACUCUCAAAAUUUCAGACCAGAGAGUUCAUGUAUUUCUGCCAGUUAAAGCUUUUCAAAGCGUUUAAGGAUUUCCAUUUGAUACAUUUAGUAACCUAGAAGCUGUGCAUAAAGUCAAGAGGACAAAAAGGCUCUUGUAGUAGAAAUAAAAAAUCUUAUAAAACUUGUAGAAUUCAGUUCAUAAUGUGGAACUAUUAAAACUUAUAUGCGUCAUUAUAUUCCAACAGUAAUCCUGACUUUCUUUACAAAACUCGCUGAGACCCACUUGCUUGUUGAUACUUUAGAAAAGAGUCUCUAAAUAAAUGUUAAAUGAUUAUUUUUUAUAUCUCAACAUGUGUGUGUGUUAUUUCAACAUGUAAUUGGAUUUUUCAUUGCAUGUUAAACAAUUCCAUUAUUAUCUAUUUGUGUUUUUAAGUCCAUAUUAACAAUCUAACAUAACUCUCAUCAGUCUUUUAAUUGAAUGCAAUGACAUGUACUUUGUGAUCUUGGCAGUUAGAUUUAUAAUUCAAGUAAAUGCUGCACUACUGCUUCACCUCUGUGGUCUGCAACUAUGACUCAGAGAUCGUAGACAGCUUCGAAGACUGGCCACAAUACACUAAUGAAAGACACAUUUAGCAAGUGCUGCAGUAAACUUUUUUAUUUAUUUUUAGGGCUGGGCGAUACGGGCUGAAAAAAAAAAAAAAAGCUUUACUUUUGUUAAGAAACUUUAUAAAAGAUUUGAUCUUUUUUUUUCUUUUCCCAUAAAAAUUGAAAUGACAAAUGACAUAGAUGUGACUCAAAACACUGUGAUUAAGUCGAUGUCUGACACUGCAAAACCAGACCAGAUUCACACUACUGAUGAGACUCAGCAUUUUUUAAGAAUAAACCUCGGCCAUGUUGUGAGGGGCAUUUGUUGCUGCAGGAGGUGGUAAGACAUGUAGGGGUGUAAAUGAUGAACGCAACAAAAAAUAAAAACAAACAAAAAAAAAACCAAGAUUUUCAUUUUUGUAGUUCUUGCAAAACCACAAAUACAAAUAAAUGGGAUUUUUUAAACAAGGUGUGCAGCAGUAACGUUAUUAUACAGUGGUAUCGAAGCAAGAAGACAUUGCAGCUGCUUAACUGUAGUGUGCCGGAAGGGACAAAAUAGUGAACAAUUUUAAAAAUCUAACAUGUAAAAUUUGGACCUUGAUGAUAUUGUACGUUUUGAAAUGGGUUAAAGAAAUCUGGGCAUGAAUGCUCAAAUGCCAACACAGUCACACUGAACCCCUAGUGGGAAUCUAGGUAUUUGAUUUUUGUUCUAAGACACUUUCAAAUUUCUGAAUUUGUUAAUAUCAUGGUUCUCAUCAAACAUCUUUAUCAUUAUAAUAUUGAGUAGUUAAUCUUACAAACACAGGAAAAUGUGUUAAAAGCUGGUUUAGAGUCACUGUAAAGUCCUGGUCUCCCUGUUAAAGGAUGAUCUGACUGAUUAGUACUUUCACUGAGGUACAAAUGGAGCUACAUUCAGCAUCAAACAGAUGAAUUAUUCUUCCAUUCAUACAGCAUAAGAGAGACUCGCAGCUUAAACCAUCACCACAGUGACAAUCUGCCAUAGUUCUCCACAGUUCUGUUUAAUGGUGACGCUGAUGUGCUGCUUUAUUAAAGCUUCAUGUUGAUAUACAUCGAACCACAUUAGAGGAGCCGCUCUCUCAUUAUGUAUUCAUGUCUGUGUGGGUUUGAGUGUGUAAAUGUGCAAAUAACAUUUAGUCUGUGAUCCAGUUUAACCUCAUGGCACCUCUGAUGAGACUCUGCAAAGAUACAAGGUAGAAAAGCUGCUUUCUAAAGCCAAUAUCUCCACUAAGAAGUUAUGUGACAUUUACUGUUAAUGUGCAGCCACGGUUAGUUACAUGUGCUGCAAAGGAGCUAAUACUGCGCAAAAUCAAAUGUACUUUAUUUAGUGCUAAUCUGAAAGCUCUUUAAACCACAUGUCAUGAUCACCGCACAGCAUGCCAGCAUCAGAUAUCAAAUAGCAGAAACUGACUUCUAUGCACUUCUGUUAAUGCUGUACAAACAAAAAAUCUAUCUGCUGAAAACGUCAAAUUUUUGUCUUCCUAUUUCUGCACUAUUUUUGUCUUUUGCACUGUCCUUAAAGUUCAAAUGCAGGAAAUCUUAAAACACACAUUUUGGUCAUCUCCUGCUGGUCUCCUGAGCGUGGCUGAUUGCAAUAUAGUAGGCUUAUGCAACAUAAUAGAAGUGUACAUACAGAGUGGACAGUAGCAUCCGAUGUGGUGCAAUAUCAGGCGUACUGAUGCACAAUCACUAACUGAUAAAAGAGACAGUGAGCGUAUAACUACUUGUAAGUGUUAAUCAUAUGCUCACAGUACAACCUCAGGUUAGCAUUUUGUCCAAGAACACCUUGAAAUGUGAUCUGUAGAAGCUGGAGAUCAAACUGCGAACCCUUCAUUUACUAAAAGGCUGAGGAGUAGCACAUAACUGCAGAGCAAAAGAGGCCCCAGAAUAGAUCCUUGAGGUACGCCAUGAUGGAACUCAUUUAUAUAUGAAUGGAAUUAACUGAGACAACUGAAAAGGUGCAGUGAGACAGGUGUGAAAUAGGUGCAGUUUUUAUAUUUGGGCUUAUUGGGAUAGAAAUGUGACCAUACUGGUAUAUGUGUGGGCCAGUAUUUGCUUAAUAACAUGGGCACAAUGAUAUGGACCUAGUAUUAUGAGCCCAAUAGGAUGGGCCUAAUAAUAUUAGUACAGUUACAUGGACUCAAUAACGUGUCAAGCUCAAGCAAAACUGUCAAGUUCCAUCAAUUAGAAGUGUUUAAGUUGGAUCCUGCUGCCGUUAACACUUGCUGCAUUUUGAUAGUCCCUUUCCUGCCUGAAUCACCUGAAAAGUUUCUUGUCCCUGAAGUUUCCUGACUGGAGUUUUUAUUAAUUUACUUAAUGUUUAUCAUGUGCAAAUACAUCUGUAACCAGUUUUGUUUUGUUUGUUUUUUUUUUAGCAGACAACAACAUCUAAAGUUUUGAGUUUUCUCUUUGAACACUGACAAAAGUUUCCCGGUUCUGUUGUUGGUCUUGUUCUGACACUUGUUUCAUGUUUGUGUGCAGGCGGGACGUGUGUGGUUAACCCGACAGAUCUCUUCUGCUCGGUACCCGGCCGCCUGUCGCUGCUCAGCUCCACCUCCAAGUACAAAGUGACCAUCGCGGAGGUGAAAAGAAGACUGUCCCCACCAGAGUGCCUCAAUGCCUCCUUACUGGGUGGUAUACUGCGCAGGUCAGUACAAACGCUAACGCACAGCUGGGAUAUGUCUGCACCUCGGGGAAUACCAUCAAUUUAUGCUGCUUUUACACAAGCAUCCACUCUUACAGCACCAACAAUCCCACCUGAAGAAAAAUCAAACUAAGAUCUCGUUCUCGUUCUGACAAAGCAAAUAUUGAAAUUCAAACCUGAUCUCGCUGCAUUCAUAUGGAGCUAUUUUAUCUGUUUGUAGCAGAGGACCUUACUGAGGUGCUACUGUAGUACUCUCAACAUCAUCCCGGGAGAAUCAGAGACUUAAAACUUCAAAACCAUCGAGUCCAUUCUGAAGCAGUAGCAUAUUGUAUAAGAAUAAAAGUGUGUUAGCGUGGUAGAGGAAGGAUGGAGAAGAAAGACGAAUAUCUGGUAGUGAAGGAUGCUCAGAAAUGAAGACAAAAAAAUCUACAAUUUAUAGAGAAAUUCAUGCCUCCAGAUGAAGAGGUGUGGUUAAAUUGCAAGGAUGUUUCUGCCACUUUUUGAGUCUCAGCAAACUAUGAAAGUAAAUAUGGCUUUAAAAUCAAACCAGUCUGUUUUAGAGCCUAAUUCUGGCAAGAGUGCUUCCUUCUGCCCAAACACAGGAUGUACAGUAUAUAGAAUCCACAAAGACUAUUGUAGGCGAAAUGAGGGGCCGGGUCUGCACGCGCCGCCAUGCCCAGGGAGCCAGAGGGAGGCGAGACCAGGCCAAAGCAUGCCAGGAUCAGAGGAAGCAGAGGAAAGCAAGAGUUGCCAGCGCUGUAUUAUUGAUGAGGCGGAGAGAAAAAGAAGGGGGAAGGACGAGCAGGAAAGGGGGGGGGUAGAGAGAACAUGGCCAAGGCAUCGACGAAGAGAAAAAAGUGCAAUUUAAGGAGCUGUUCUUCAAUCUGAAGUAAAUCACGUCAUCAAAAGGGAAAGAGGAUUUUGCUCGUGUGUUCAGUCAAUUUUUAUCUGUUUGGUCUUUUUCUGUGUUUCUAUUUUAAUUUAUAAAAAAAUCCCUGAAGAAUUUCUGCAGCUUUAUCAGCUGAGUUUAAGAACGUUAAACUUCGUUUUAAAUAUGAACAUUUUGACAGACACUAUUGUUCCUCCAAAAGAAGAGUGCCUCACUUUGGCUCAAACUGUGACAGGGGAAACUCAGGGGGACGUGUCGCCAUUAGGAGGAAUAAAGAAAUCAUGUUAAACAUAUGAUGAAAUGACGUGUUUUAAUUUUACACUCUUUGAUUUUAUGCUUAAUUUGUCACAUCAAAACAAAUCUAUAUUCCUCCAUGCCUUUGCAAGACAUAAUUAAAACCAGGUUUUUGAAAGAAAAAGAUGAUUAUAUUCAUCUUUUGCUUCAGUAUAUGAGAAAAAAGGAAGAAGUUGUGACAUGUGGUGUGGAAAUUUGGUACUAUUGUUUCUAAAAAGUGAACAGAAAAGUUGCGUGGGGGUAUAUUUGGUUGUUUGAUUGAAGAUUUAUUUCACUCUUCUGCAGAGCAAAGUCAAAGAACGGAGGCCGGUGUCUUCGAGAGAAAUUAGACCGUCUGGGCCUCAACCUGCCAGCAGGGCGGAGGAAAGCUGCCAAUGUCACUCUUCUCACAUCCCUGGUGGAAGGUAGAGAACUUUUUUGUCCCAAAUGCUUUAUUUCCUGUUAAAGUUUUUAUAUCCAUUUGUUUCAUCAUUGCAUUUCCUUGUUUUGCACUCAGGUGAGGCGCUCCACCUGGCGCGGGACUUCGGCUACACCUGCGAGACAGAGUUCCCCAGCAAGGCAGUGGGGGAACAUUUGGCGAGGCAGCACAGCGAGCCGAAAGAAACCAGCGCGCGCAAGAAAAUGGUUCUGGCUACAAAGUAAGAGCACAUAGAUAGACCACUGGAAAACCUGCAGCAAAAGAGAUGGAACAACAUCUCUGUGAGACGCCCGAUGUGAACGUCUCCAUAUCUCUGCAAUCAUGAACCGAUCAUGUGAAACGACCCAGACUUAAGUUGUUGUUUGUCUGCAGGUCUAUAGGUGCAGGUGAAUAUCUCGAUCAAUUUCACAGCUGCAACACAGCCGAGGAAAAUUGAUCAUGUUGAAAGCAAUGCUUUGAUAAACAGAGCUCCAAGCUACAUGUUCAACAACAAGAAAGCUUCACAGCCUGCAAGUAUUGAGUAUCUGUGAGAGUCAGAAAUGGAGGAAAAUUUAACAGAUGCUGAGGAGAAGUUUGCCUAACAAGGAAAACAUUAAGUAGGAAAGAGGAUGAGAAAACUUGAGGGAAAGUAGCACACACUUCUCAUGCAUGGAUCUUCUAUUUUAUCUGACUUUCAAGCUAUUUGCUUACAGAUUUCAGGGCUUUCAUGUUUGUUUUUAUUUCACGCUAUGAGCUUCUUUCUGACUCCCACUCUUUUCUAAAUAAGUUGAUUUUCUUUAAGAUGAACAAUUCUUCCCGACAAAGAUUUUCACAUCGACUUACAUCCAAAAAGACAGCCUUGACCUCCACAGCAGACCCCCUUUGAAUGCUCUGUGCCAUGUUAUAAAUGCUUUUUACUUGUUUUUUGAGAAUUGAUGUUGAGCUCAUCUCACUCCUGCAUGUGCUGUUUUCCUCAAGUGUUUCCUGGGAGGAAUUUAUUUGUGUGUUGAUCCAAAAUGAGCGGGAUGGAGGCAGAAAAAAGGGGGAAAAAAUGGGAGCCUGAAUUGCUCCGGUUGUGUUGGAGACAGAUGGUAAACCCUCCUUCCCUCCCUCCUUCUGUCUGUCAGGCAAAUCUGUAAGGAGUUCCAGGACUUAUUGAGCCAAGACCGCUCUCCUCUGGGGUCCUCAAGACCCACCCCCAUCCUGGACUUGGACAUCCAGAGACACCUCACACAUUUCAGGUAAGACACACACACACACACACACACACACACACACACACACACACACACACACACACACACACACACACACACACACACACUAAAUGGAGUUAUUGAGACAAAUGUCCACAAAACAGACUCUCUUGGAAGAAUUAAAACUGCUGCGCUUCAUUUUGGCUGCGUCUGCUUUGCCAUUUUCGGAAAAGAUGCAGCUGUGCAGUUUGUUAUUUGGCACAAAUGGCAGAAGAAGAUGACGAGGAGGAGGAGGCUUGUUAGCACAAAUGUCACAUCUAUGGCGUCACUCUUUGCAGAAUAUAGAAAGUUUGACCAGAUUUCAAGGGAAGCUCAGCUGUUAAUGCACAGUUAAGGCUGUGACUGUGGUUUAAGGAGGAGGAUGUUCAUCCUGCUGAAAAGUCCUAAGAGCUAAGAGCUGACCAGACAUUCAGCUCAGCAAGAAGCUUUAUGAAAAACCAGUAUCAUUACUAAAAAUCAUUUAUCAUUGUGCAUUUUUUUAACCUGGCACACUUAAUGCGCUUUUACCUUUGCCUGGCAGCAAAUUUAGUUGCAUGAGAGUCAGAACAAAAGUCCGACUCAAAUGUAACGUCCAAACAUUUAGCUCUCGUUGUGAUACUAACAUCCAGCGAACAAAGGGCCUGAUCUACUAAGAUCCCAAAUAGCGAACACUAAAUUGCGUGUGCAAACUAAAUAAUUGCACAUGCUAUUAGUGGGCGUGUUGCAGGUGAUCUACUAUCAUUGCAUGCGCAAUUGAUAACAGGUGCAAAAGUGGUGCGGACCGCCCUCUUUGAACGAGGAUUUUGCGUGCACUAUCAACUGUCACCAUGGAGAGUUUGUGAGAGCAGUGAUUAUAGAUGAAAAAUUAAGUUUAAAGCCAUGGAGUUGCACGCAUCAUUUUGGAGAACCGCAUCUUAUGUAUGUGUAAAAUAGAUAAUAGAUAUUAUGUAAAUAAUAGAUAACUUUUAUAGACAUAUUACGUGAGACAACAGACAAUUGAAUUUUCCUUUGGGGAUCGAUAAAGUUCUUCUUAUUCUUAUUCUUAUAAAAGGCAAGGCAAGUGUAUUUGUAUAGCACCAUUUAUACACAAGGCAAUUCAAAGUGCAAGAAAAUAUAUUUGAAAUGAAAAAAAAAAUUCAAACAAUUUAAAAUCAUUAAGACAAAGAGAUACAUUUUUGCGACUGUUCCGUAAUUAUUUAUCAAAACCAUCAUUUACUAGAAAAACGCUUUUGCACUUCUGCCUCCUUCUCCCCACAAUGACUGUGCGUAAUGCUGUGCCAGUUUGCAUGUGCCUUUCAAGCAUGCUAAAUAUUGACGCAAAAAAGCAACCACAAUCAGGUCACUGUUUCCGGGUUUGAUAAAUCACAUUGUGGGUGCUUAAUGAUUCCUUUUGCAUCUGCUCCUCCCAGUAUUUUGCACAGCCUGAUGAUCUACAUACAUUCUGCAUAUUCAUGAAGGCAAGCACGCUAAAUCAAUUGCGCAUGCUGUUUUGCUCAUUUGACAGAUGCAAUCCUUAGUGCACCCACUUAGUAGAUCAGCUUUGCGUGCGCUAUCAAGUUUUUGCACACACAAACCUUCAGUAGAUCAGGCUCUAAGUGUAUAACACCAAAGACUGGAGGACUGACAGUGACCAAAGGUUAUCCAAAUUUGUCAGGGUUUGGCUUCAUAAAGUUACAGGACAUCCAUUGUUUUAGGUUACUGAGGAAAUAGAAUAAACUGUUGGGAUAAUUAAGAUGGACAGGAACAUACAGCUGUGCAUCAUCUGCAUAUUACAAAAAAAAAUGCACAAAAUGCACAGAGAGAAAGAGAGAGAGAGAGAGAGAGAGAGAGAGAGAGAGAGAGAGAGAGAGAGAGAGAGAGAGGAGCAUGUAAAUGUAGAGUAAAAGAGGACCAAGAUUAGAUCCUUGAGGCAUGCCACAAUGGAGCUAAAGAAAAAAGAACUGGAAUUAUUAGGGUGGAAGGGAACAUACAGCUGUGUGUCAUCUUUGUAUAAAUGUAAAAACACGAUCAUUGAAGAUGUUUUCCAAUGAUCUGGUUGAGAGUUAGAGCGGGUAAAUGUAUGAUAACAAGAGGACCAAGAACAGAUCCUUGAGGUACGCUAUAAUGGAACUCAAAAUUAUAUGGACAGGAAUUUGCUGAGAUAACUGGAAAGUUUCAGUGAGACAUGUUUGAACUGUUCCUUUGGAGUUUUAAACCCAGGUUUCAAGAUGGUGAAUUAGGCUGGGAUGGUAGAGAAGUUAAAAGGUGAAGCGGCAGAAAGCUCAAUAUGCAUAAGAAAGAAGCUUUUGCAUCUCUCAACUAUUAAAAGAAGUUACUGUAGUUACCAUAAUGAGGACUGUCUCUGUGCUAUAACAAGUUUAAAAACCAGACUGGAAAUCGGUAUAAACUUAAUUAUGUCACAUUUAAUCAGUAAGUUGUGUGAACUGACUUUCUGGAGAAAUUUUGAAAAGAAUGGAAACUUGGAAAUGGGUUUUUGAUUGUUAAGUGAUUGGGAGCCAAAUUUAGUUUUGAGUGUUAAAAAAAACUUUGUAGACACGUAGGACAAAGAUGUAAGAGCUACGAAUUCGUCUAGAGCGGGCAUUGGCAUUAAAACAAAAUAAAAAUCACAUAGAGGAGCUUUAAAACAAAAAAAAUUCAACAUUAGACGAGGAGCAGCAACAAAUCCUCCCAACAAAGAAGAGAGGGGAUCUUUGAUUCGAGAGAAGUUAAGAUGAAAGUGAUCAGAUAGCUGAUGUCUUUCUGUGAUUUAACACAUUGAUUAACUAGUUUAUUGAUACAGGCCUGAAAUCAGCUUUUCUCCGCAUAUUACUGCAGAAACAGUGUUGAGAACAUCACAGCACAUUUAGACUCUGCUCUGAAAGGUGUUAUCCUGACUAAAGACACCCCUUUAGGAGGAUUAGAAGCUCAAUAAUGCAGAGAGAGGACAGUGUCUCUGCAGGUCUGGAGUCUAAGAAAAGAAAAGGAAGAAAUCCUGCAAACAUCUCAUCACUCUGCUCUCUGUCUCCCUCACAGUCUGAUCACUCACGGGUUCGGCACACCAGCGGUCUGUGCGGCUCUUAGCACCUUCCAGACGGUCCUGAGCGAGAUGCUCAACUACCUGGACAAAAACUCCAGUGGGAAAACAAGUGGACCCAAUGACCAACAGAUCAACAACAGCUCGGAAAAGACGCAGCUCCGGAAAACAGCCGAGCCGCAAAGCAAAGAUGGCAAAACAGAAAAGACUGAGUAGCCCCCCCACAGCCGGUCCCCGUGCCUUGGAGCGCUGCAUUUAGGAGUGUGUGUGUGUGUGUGUGUGUGUGUGUGUGUGUGUGUGUGUGUGUGUGUGUGUGUGAGAGAGAGAGAGAGAGAGAGAGAGAGAGAGAGAGAGAGAGAGAGAGGACAAGUCUCAGAAGAGGAUUUGUUGUCUUUUUUUUUAACAAUUCAUAUUUAUUGUUAAUUUAUUUAUCUUAUUUUCAAAAGUAACUCCAAACUCAAGUGUCCCAAACUAGACACCCAGAUGUACGAAUGAGAACCCUGUUACGCUGGGUGUUUGUUUGUAUGUAUGUAUAUUUGUGUGUGUGUGUGUGUGUGUGUGUGUGUGUGUGUGUGUGUGUGUGUGUGUGUGUGUGUGUGUGUGUGUGUGUGUGUGUGUGUGUGUGUGUGUGUGUGUCAUGACAAAGCAAGAGCCUUGCCAUGGUGAUGGUUGGGACUCAUCUAAGACUUUUAUUACUUUAUUUAUUCAGUCUGAAAACUGGCGGUAGACAUGCUGGCAACACAGUUUUCCGGGACAUGGGAGGUCCACAGCCAACACAACACGACAUGCAUUACAAAGACACACACACUGAAAGUUUUGUGGGUUAUUUGACCAUCAUUCGUCUAAGUCAGGUGAAUAUUUUGACCCUCUGAAAACAAAUUUAAUCUGUUCAACUGGAAUAAUUUAAAGAAAUCUCAGCCACCAACACCCCAAGCUCUAAUUUUGCUGAAUUUUUCAGUCAGCUCAAACAAAAUUUAUUCACUUUUAAUUAUUUUUCUAGGGGGUUCAACAAUUUUUCUAUAGUUCCCAAACUUCUAACCAAUUUCUUGUCUUUUGUUUUGGCACUUGUGGCGCCUGCCCUGGCAUGAACCACUUAGUGGUCCCACCUCCAAGUAUAUGACUCACUACCUUGGACGAUCACCUCCAGACACCUACCUGUGGAUAUAUAUUUACAUCCUCUAAUAUAUAACAGACAUAGUCUUAAUAAUAACAGCCAUAACAAUAUAUUCAGUAAUAAUAAUAAGGUAAAUAAGAAGGCAAAUUAAACAAUAAAUCAGUUGAUCCUUUUUCUUAAAUCAAACUGUUCAGUCCAUAAAUUUUAUAUUUUCACAGACACUCAUUCCCCAGAGCUCAGAGUAGUCUUCAGGUAGUUUAAGACUGACCAGUCAAAGACGUAUUUAUCAAAAUGACAAUAUGUAGCAAAUCUUUUCUUAAAGGAGCUGCAACCAAACAAAGACAAAUGUUUCCCUCUAAAUGUCCCUAAAUAUAGUAAAUCAACUGUCACAGUACCUGUCAAUAAACCACCAUACUGACCCCAAUAUAAGACUUUUUAUACUUAUCCUCUUGGAAAUUCAGUGUCAGUAUUUGUAAUGAGUAAUGGCACCGCUUUUCUGUGAAGCAAGUGAAACUUUCAUGACUGAGGUCACAACCACUGUUCACAACCAUUGUUCACAACCUCAGUGCCAGAGGGAUGAAAGAGGGAGAGGGACAGUGAUGGUCAACUUGACCUAAAUCUGAACUACUGAGACAAAGUUAUGAUGCUUACUUUAAAACAAUGAUUUAGCAGAGACUUCAAUCAACUGGAAAAAAAGAAAAACUUUUAAUGUUGAUUUUGGCGGCCCAUGUGGGCAAAGUAAAGCCUCUGAUCUUUGGCUUUGUCCACACUGUAUGAAGAGAUGCCAUUUCUGAUGGUCGCAGCCUAUUCACUCGACUGACACCCACCCCCCACCGGUGGUUUUAGAUAUGAGAAAAAAAACAGGUCUUGUUGCUGAUGAUCUCUAGUUUUUAAGGCCGUUAAAAGUUUCUGUCUGUUUGUCAAGCAAGUAAAAAUCCCUUAUAGGAGUUUUAAUUUUCAAAAUGUUCAAUGUAUUUGCACUUCAGCUGUGCUGACUACAACUAUGACAGCCAAAUUUAAUCUAGAAAUAGGGGGGGUCUUAUAAUUAGGGUCAUCUCAUAGUUGGAUCUACACUCUCAAACUAACACAGCACAGUUUAAGACCUCCCUGUACCUGUGUAAGCCACUGAGCCUCCCUGCUUUAUUCGAUUUUUACACCAUACUAUCAGUGCCAUAAAAACCAGUGUAACCAUGAGACAGUCUGUGGAUGUGACACCACUGCCUGGGGUUAUAGGCUACACUGUGGUGGCUGUGUGUGAAUGUGUGUGUUUGUGUGUGUGUGUGGAAGAGAUUCAGAGAGAGAGAAAGAGAAGGGUCCAACUCAGCCAUUUUGUAAAAGGUGACUCUGCGGUCGCCGUCGUCCCUCUUCCCCCCUGUGCAUGUCUAUCUUUGUACACUCCCCUGGAUCGCAAGUUUAGCCGACACGAGCUCUCCGAGUCGCUCAUGAACAUUUGUAAAGAUAUAUAUAAAUAUUUAAAUUACUUUUCUUGUAGGCUUUCAACUAUAUAUAUGUUAAAUCCCUACCUUCUAAAAUGCUGGUGUUCAAUAAAGACAGUUGCUACGUGUUCUAC